CAGCUUUGACUAUUUCAAUAGACGUCUUGUGACAGCAGGAAGAGACAACUUGAGGAUGCUGGGACUACUCUCACUCUUUAUUUUUCUUUAAUUGCAACAUUUCUCGAUCCGCAAUGGCUUCAGUUAUCAAAGAAACACAGAGUAUAAAGGAAGCAGUGACUCUCAUCAAUGGCGUAGACGUGAACAAGUUCUCCAGAUUGAUCUCCCGCAUCAUACAAAAGCUUCAUCUCAAGGGUGAAAAGACAUUCAGUAAAGAGGAGGAGCAAAAGCUUCAGACUGCUCUUUCACUGGACAAACCGUCCCUUAACUUAGUCCUGGAAACGUCUGCUUUCAUUCUUGAGCAGGCGGUGUAUCAUAAUAUAAAACCAGCAUCUCUGCAGCAGCAGCUUCAGGCAAUUCAUGUGAAUCCAGACAAGGCUGAUGUAUUUUCUCAAACGUGGUCCACCGCUGGCCCUGAGCUGGUGGAUCGACUAAAGCGAAAUAUCUUUGCCCCCAAGAAGCUGGAUUUUGUCGGCUGGCAGUUGAACCUGCAGAUGGCCCAGUCCAGCCAGGCCAGGCUCAAGUCCCCCAGUGCUGUGCUCCAACUGGGCCUCCACAAUGAAGAUUCUGAGCUUUCCAACUCGCACGGAUGAGCUGGUCCCCACACAACUUGGAUGAGCUGGUCCCCACACAACUUGGAUGAGCUGGUCCCCACACAACUUGGAUGAGCUGGUCCCCACACAACUUUGGUGGAGGAUGAUGAUGUUGGCACAUUGACUUUAAUACAUAGUGUCACAUUUAACGUCAUUGUAAAGAGAUGCUUCACACUUACAAAACGGGAAACAGGUCGAGCACUAUCCAGAGGAAAUAAGUGAAAUGAAAUAACUUCCAGGAUCAAACUGUUUCCAUCAUAAGAAGGAAGGGGUAGGAUUAAAUUAGAUCUGCUUUUUCCCUACUCCUUUUCCGGCAUGUUGAAUUGUGCAAGUGUUAAGCACAUUGGAAAUAAACUAAACCAUCACCAUUACCAUAAAACCAUGAUUCACUUUACAGGUAAUGUUUUAAGUCACAUUGAAAAAAUCUCAACUGUCAUGCAAGCGUAAAGGUAAGUUAACCACCUGAAAUUGGUAAAGCUUACAUGACACAAUGACAAACACACAGAGGAGGGGGAUUGCUGGUUCAAGGUCAAUUUCAUUCUGCUCUACGUUUCCUCCUAGCCAUCACAUGUGCUCUCUACCAGAGGUGGGAGAAAGUCAGUGUUUUGCAAGUCUCAAUUAUGUCUCAAGUCUUUAAUCUCAAGUCUCAGGUUGAGUCUUAAGUAAGGACCUGCAAGUCCAAGUCAAGUCUCAAGUGAAAACAAGACAGAUCGAGUCAAGUCUGAAGUCAUAGUCUUGAAAUUUUUUUUAUUCUUUUUAAGUUCUAAGCAUUGUUUAGUGUCUCCCAAAUAAAUUGCCAUUUUAACAAUCUAUUACAUUUGACAAAUAUAAUUCAUCAUUUUCAGUUUGGAUUUUUUUGACAUGUACAGUAUGACAUCCCCAUCAGCAGUGGACUAUUUCAACAGUCACUUACACCCCCACCCCCCCAUUUGGUCCCACGAGUCCAGUUCUGGUUGGAUUUCUGUGACGAGGAACGUAGUUCUGCUUAGUUGCUGGGUCAUUUAAGUAAAAAGUUUCGCUUCUCAAAGCGAUAUGCGUUCAAAAGAGUAAUACAUUUGCUUCGUAAAAAUGCCUCCUCAUAAAAAUCAGACCUCACAAAUCGCUCGGCGUGAUAUUUGUCUCCCGCCAUGUCCCUGCGCACUGUCGCCUCUCUAUUUGUGUGUAUGUGAUGAAGACGCUCGCAUCUUGUUGCAUUGUGGAACACAUAAACAAGAUGGCAAUACAAUAUUUUGAAUGGGGACACAUUUUAGUCAACACACUCAUUGAAAAACUCAAGUAUCAGUCGUCAGACUAAAGUCUGAGUCAAGUCCCGAAUCAUUGAUGUCAAAGUUUGAGUCAUGAUGUCAAAGUUCAAAUCGAGUUGCGAGUCGUUGAUGAUAUUGUCAAGUCGAUCCAAAGUCAUCAAAAUUGUGACUCGGGUCCACACCUCUGCCUUCCACUAUGGGUUUGCGUGUGAUUUAAAGGCGGGAUGGGCAAAUUUUUGAUCUUAAGGACCAAAUUUGCUGACAGACAAGGAAGGCCAUUUGUAAUUGAGGGGAACAAUGAGCUAACUGUAAUGUGUCUAAUAUCUAUCAACCCAAUUAAGAAACCAAUUGAUGGGGAAAAAAGUAGCAAAUUGAGUCCAGCACUUGUCAUACUUCACCACUCCUACUUCAGAGGCAUAUUUUCCCUUUCAUUUUGGUCCAAAUUUUGUGCAACUUCUCUGGUGUUCGACUUUAUAGUCCUAUAGUAGCGUGAAGUCUCCAGGAAAUAAAUGCAAGCCUGUGUUAAUGCCAUGUGAUGUGUGCGUGUGUGUAAGUGGUUGUCGAGGGCUGCGAUGAUGAAGAUGAUGUGUCCUAUCCCCAUUAGUGUUAGCCUAGAUCUGUCAGAGCUUUGUUGCGUUCCUCCUUGGCAAAAUCCCAGCCCUUGGGAACAAGGGGAUGGGCCAAACACACGCUGUCUGUUCUAAAGACGCAACCUGCAAUGUCUGGGAAGUCUGUUAUUCUCAAAUUCAACACCUUUAACAGAAAUGGGUGAUUAAAAACAUAAACAGCAGCGCAGUUCUUCAACAGACACACACACACACACUAUGCAUGCUAUUUUCCGAGUUGAUCGACGCAACAAAUUAAUAAGUAGCAUUAACCUCCGUGCUGAGGCAGUCCCAGCAGUGUUCCCUCGGUUAAUUCAACCAUGUCCUACAUUCUCCUUCUGCUGUGGAGACGAGAGCUGGUUGGGGGGGACUUUGAUAAAGAGAUGCGCUCUCUGUUAUGAACUUGAACAUUGUCACUAAUUAAUAUCCCUGCCAUUAAUUUGUUGCGACACGGCAUCUGACAGCGCCCGUCCACCUAACCAGCCAGUUAGCUUGAAGCCUGGAAGAUGUGUUUAGUCUCCACACUGCACACUCACUGCCUGCUCUGGAACUGACAUGUGGGCUCUUUGGGACUUUAAGCACAAUUUUUCUGUGAUAUUUAGUUUUUUGUUCAAUCGGUCCAGCUCCGGCUCCAGCAGAGUAAGUCUGCUUUUAUUACAUUUGAUGACAGAGUGCACUUUGGCUAGAAUUGGUACGAUGCACAGAAGCAUUUCACAACUUUUGACAGGAACGAGAACGAGUGUGUCACGUACAGGUCGUUGCCGAUGGUAGCUUUUUUGCGCAAUCUAAUUUUCUGAUGACACGGUGAGUACCCCACAGUGAUGGCUGACCUCAGUUACCUCAUCACAGCUUGUGAGGUUUGUUGACUGCAACUACCAGGAAGUAAGCAGGUGUAGCACACAAGGACCACCAAGUAAAAAAUAUAUACUUUAUGUGCACUUUAGUGUGGUUUGCUUAGUGUUUACACAGGUAUUUUUACGCUGUAAUGACAUAUACCGUACAUAAAGUAAGGACAGCUUUCCUGACAUAUGACAUAACCUCGAUAUUUCCAACCAAAAUGUCAUCUAGCGGGUUAAAUACGUAGCUUGUGUUUAUAUUCUGCUGUAUUUACACAAUAUGUAUUGUAUAACAUAUUUUCUCUUCCAUAUUUGUAAUUUCUGCAUGCUUUUUGUGAGAAUCUUUAGCGCCGGUCUGUGUCUUUGCUCCACGCAGUGUUCACAUUUGAGCUGAAGUGGACACCGGGGUUUGUGUGAACAUAACAAGCAGAGCGAACGCACCAGAGUUUGUGUUUGUGUGAACGCAGCCUUAGCGAACAUAGGUUGCAAACCUUAUUUUUUUGUUAAGUCCUUGAGCGUGCUGCCUCUCACAUUCUAAAACCAAAAGCAGAAAAGAUGUGGAAAUGCCAGGACCUUGCCUUUGCUUGAUGUGUAUUUUUGAAGGCGCUGACGGAUAAGAGGUUGGAGACAUGCACAUGUUGACUAGCGUGCAGUAAGAAUGAAUGAAGACUUUUAUGGAAAGCAGAACUCAUCAGAAAGCAGCUGAAGAAAUCAUCACUCUCAUCAUUUCUUUUCAUCAUUCGCUCUGCCCGAGUGACCAAACAUAUGUUUUUGUUGGGUUUCCUCUCUCUCUAUCG